AUGCCCAUUGACGUGAUCGCCCUCGAAAAAGCGAUCAAGCGUGCCAUCCCUGUCACUCACCUGGAGAUUGUGGACCAGAGCAGCGGCUGCGGCGAUAGUUACGCCAUUGUGCUUGUUAGCGAGUCAUUCCAAGGAAAGUCAACUCUGGCCAGACACCGAAUGGUGAACGACCUGCUCAAAGACCAGAUUGCGCAAAUGCACGCAUUCUCGCAGAAAACUUAUACCCCGGAACAGUACGAGAAGCUGCAAGCGCAGGGCUAG